AUGCCCGCUGACAAUGCCCCUGACACUCCUGCCCCCGAGAUUGGUAGCAAGAGCCACUACAUAUGCCAUGACUGCACCCUCCGUGCCGUAGACGAUUCACUCACUCAUCUGGCUAAUUGUGCCGAGAUCAAGUGGAGUGGCAGCUGCCUUCUUCGCGCGUUUAAAGAGUUCGCCACGAAAUUUUAG